UUAGGGCCCCGCCCCGCCGCAGCCUAGUUCUGCGCACGGUCUCGCUAGCCCUCCGGUGCGGACGCUUCUGUGAGGAUGGCGCCCCAGGUUAUCAAAUGCAAGGCUGCAGUUGCUUGGGAACCUGGAAAGCCUCUUUCCAUAGAGGAGAUUGAGGUAGCACCCCCAAAGGCUCAUGAAGUUCGAAUUAAGAUUAUUGCCACUGCAGUUUGCCAUACUGAUGCAUAUACCCUGAGUGGAGCUGAUCCAGAGGGGUGUUUUCCAGUGAUCUUGGGACAUGAAGGUGCUGGGAUUGUAGAAAGUGUUGGUGAAGGAGUUACUAAAUUUAAGGCAGGUGAUACUGUCAUCCCACUUUACAUACCACAAUGUGGAGAAUGCAAAUUUUGUCUGAAUCCAAAAACAAACCUUUGCCAGAAGAUAAGAGUGACUCAGGGGAAAGGACUGAUGCCAGAUGGUAGUAGCAGAUUUACUUGCAAAGGAAAGACCAUUUUACAUUAUAUGGGAACCAGAUGGAAGAGUGUAGAAAGUGUUCCAAAGUUGGUGUCUGAAUAUAUGUCCAAAAAGAUAAAAGUGGAUGAAUUUGUGACUGGCAAUCUGCCCUUUGACCAAAUUAAUGAGGCCUUUGAGCUGAUGCAUUCAGGGAAGAGUAUUCGAACUGUUGUAAAGAUUUGAAUUCAAGAGAAAAAUAUGUCCAUUUGUAACCUCAGUCUUGUGACCUGAAGGGAACAGCUUGACAGGCAAGGAGAUCUUCCAAGUUCACAUCCUCUGAGACUUUUUUCAGUUAUUACUCCAGGAAAUAGUGUUCUAUGUGUAGGUAGUUGUUACAUCUCUGUAAUGAAGGAUAAGGCUUACAAUCAUAAAUCUGUUUUCUAGACUCUGCUUUUUACAUACACACUUUA